AUGGGGGACGAUCUCAAGUACGCCGCUCCUGCAAGCAAAAACGGCUUUGAGAUUGCGAUACUCUGCGCACUACCCAAGGAACGAGCAGCUGUUUUGUUACUCCUCGACGAUCUCUGGGAUGGAAGGGGCAGUGACCGGCACCGAUAUGCUAGGGCCCAAGGGGACUGCAACAUCUACACGCAUGGGCGGAUCGGGAGGUUCCAUGUGGUUAUUGUCCUUCUUGACACCAUGGGCAAAGUCCCGGCUGCCGGUGCAGCUACCGCCAUCCGAAUCGGUUACCCCAAUAUUUCCCUAGCCCUGAUCGUCGGCAUUUGCGCCGGGGUGCCAUUCCCCAAGAAGAGUCAGGAAGUCAUCCUUGGCGACAUCAUUAUCAGCAACAUCCUGAUUCACCGCGACUUUGGAAGACAACACUCCGAUCACUUUAAGGCCAAGGUUGAAGCCGAGCAUGUGUACGGCCGACCGAACAAGAAUAUUCGGAGCUUGCUUAGGUCGCUGGGAGACGAUGGUUGUCCUGAGGUCGAAGAACAAGCUGCAAAGUACCUACGGCAGCUUCAGGAGAAAGAUGAUACGGACCCAAAGCGGGAAACCGGCAAAUACAAAUACCCUGGAGUAGACAAGGACAAACUUUUUGACGAUGCUUACGAACAUAAACAUCACGACCCUACCUUGGAUUGCGGCUGUUACACACAAGGUUCUAUCUGUGAGAGAUCCCGGGAAAUUGAGUGUGAUGAACUCGGCUGCGACAGCAAUUGGUUGGUUCCGAGGCAAAGGCUUACUCGACAUCGUGCCCAAGGAUCGUCCCCGCUUCCUCAGAUACACAUUGGCCGUAUGGGGUCCGGAGACAGUGUCAUACGCUCUGCGCAGCACCGCAAUGCUCUUGCUGCAGAAGAAGUCAUCGGCAUAGAGAUGGAGGGUGCGGGAGCUUGGGACGAACUGCCUUCUAUUGUGAUCAAAGGGGUAUGUGACUACGCUGACAGCCACAAAAGUAAAAUGUGGCAGGACUAUGCGGCGGCUACUGCUGCAUUAGUUGCGAAGGCUGUUUUGGAUGAGUACUUAGGGAGUGGAAGGACCAAAGGCGGUCACUAUAGAGUCAAAUUCUCUCUUCGGGGUAUGCCGAUAUCAAACAACUUCGUGCCUCGACCCUCUGAUAUUACUGAUAUUGAGAAAUCUCUUCUUCCUUGCCACCAGAAAAAACAAGGGUGCAAUGUCUUUGUUCUUCACGGGCUCGGCGGAAUUGGGAAAACUCAACUAGCUGUCAACUUUGCACGGCAAUACAAAGCUGCCUUCAGUGCCAUCUUUUGGCUAGACGGCACAUCAGAAGACAGCCUUAAACAAAGCUUUGCCAGUUGUGCAAAGAGGAUACCAAAAGACCAGAUUCCUGAGAAUAUCAGAAGUCCAAAAACAGGCGAUGAAGUCGAUCUCAACGAUAUUGCGGAGCACGUACAAGAGUGGCUCGCAAAAGAUGAUAAUGUCGAUUGGCUUUUGAUCUUCGAUAACGUUGAUCUGGAUCAUACGCAAGGAGAAAUACCGGGCGCUUAUGACAUUCGAAAAUAUCUUCCGAGUGACCACGGCGCAGUCUUGAUUACAUCCCGGUUGUCCAAGCUAGCACAGCUUGGCGAAUCCAAGCGCAUUGAAUCUGCUGACCCAGACUUGAGUAAGAAAAUAUUCGAGAAGUGGUACGGGAAGGAACUAAGUGAGUUGCUACAUUUAUUAGGAGGUCUGCCACUUGUACUCGCGCAAGCCGCUGCAUAUAUGGGAGAAUUAAACCUUCAUGUCGCUUCGUAUAUUCGCCUAUAUGAGCAGCAGUGGGAUGAACUCUUCCAGAAUACGGACUCCAGCCUGCCAGACUACGGUAAUCGCAGCGUGUGGACGACGUGGACGAUAUCGUUCAACGCAAUCGAGACGAGGGAUAAGAACGCUGGGAAUCUGCUCCGGCUUUGGGCUUUUCUCGACAAUAGAGAAAUGUGGCACAGUCUACUGCAAGUGGCCAUAAAUGACCAGGAGCUAUGGCCCAAAUGGCUCCGCGAUAUAGCAUGCAACGAGGUUAAGUUUUUCAACAUAUUGAGACUGCUGCUCCGCUACUCUAUGAUCGAGGCACGAGAGUCCGAGCAAAGCAACUACAGUAUGCAUCCCGUAGUACAUAGAUGGAUAUCGCAUAUACAAGAUGACUCUCGGAAGAGAGUGUUUCUACGGCUAGCGGUAAUGUUAAUAGGUUUUUCAGUGCCUCACAUUACGACUAAGAAUUAUUGGGUACUCCAGCGACGGCUUCUCCCUCAUGCGGAGAGGUGCUUACGGUGGAUGGGAAAAUUAGAAGGAGGAGAGUGCAACAUGGAAGACAUUACCAUGGGUCAUGCAACAAAUAGCUUGGGCAACCUCUACUCGGAUCACGGCCGGCUAAGGAGGCUGAACAAUGUAUCAGCGAGCGCUAGAAGGCUACGAGAAGGCGGUCGGACCGGAUCAUACGUCGACUCUCGAUACAGUUAA